AUGUCGCAGAGAGUAGCUGUAGUCACUGGAUCGAAUAAAGGCAUUGGUUUUGGUAUUGUUGCAGCUCGAAAUGAAGAAUUAGGUUUGAGAGCUAUGAAGCAACUUCAGGCAACAAAUCCUACAGCAAGACACAAACUAAGAUUCCACCAAUUGGAUAUAACAAAUGUUGAAAGUAUUAAACGUUUCGCCGAUCACAUUCAAAGAACUCAUGGUGGGCUGGAUGUACUAGUUAAUAAUGCUGCAAUUGCUUUCAAGAAUGCCGAUCCCACUCCAUUUGGUGAACAAGCAGAAAUUACAAUUCGAACAAAUUUCUUUGGCACAAUGAAUGUUUGCAAUGCUUUGUUUCCAUUACUUCGUCCACACGCUCGAGUGGUGAAUGUUUCCAGUCGAGCUGGAAUGCUUGAAUCUAUUAGAAACUUGGAGAUUCGUAGGCUAUUAGCAUCCAGUGAUACAACAGUACAAUUGAUAGCAGAUAUUGUAAACGAUUUUAUUAUAAAGGCUAAACAAAAUUUGCAUCAACAGACUGGGUAUCCUAAAACGGCGUAUGGUAUGUCCAAAAUUGCUUUAACUGCAGCAACUUUUAUUCAACAACGUUUGUUCAAUAAUCAACCAGACAACGAUAUUGUGGUGAAUUCUAUGUGUCCAGCUGCUGAUACUCCGGUGUAUUUAGCCACACUUCCACCAUAUGUUAAAUCACCCAGAGGCGAAUUUGUUGCCGAAAGAAAUAUUCUCAAAUGGAAAUGUUAG